AUGGCAAUAAAUUUGUUUUUCAGGGGUGCAUUUUCAGAAGUAGUUUUAGCAGAAGAGAAAUUAAACCGUGGUAAAUAUGUAGCUGUUAAAUGCAUAGAUAGACAAGGAUUACGAGGCAAGGAGGAAUCACUAGACAAUGAAAUCAAAGUUCUUAAAAGGUAG